CCGGCUUGGCUCGGCUCCACCUCGGCGGGUGUGUGAAGAAGCUCCUGCGUGGUAUUUCAAGGUUAUCUCCAGCAGGAGCCUCACUUUACGGAUCCUAUGGGGAUUUUGAUGAACGCGGUGUUUCUUUGGCUUGCAGUCGGAGUGGGAAGCCGGCCAGUAACCUCACCCCUUAAUAAUGCAAAGGUUGAAUGUAUUAUUAAGGAAACACUGAACGAAGAUGGGUCACAACAUGAGUGUGGCCCACAGCUAGCAGAGGAACUUGAUGAAGUGAAAAGACAUCAGGAUCUGCUCGGGGAGCUGCAGAAGUUGGCAGAUGAUGAGAGGGAAAGGGAGCAUGAGGAUGAGAAAGAGAGGAAGCGUUAUGAGCACAACUUGGCUGACAGUGAGAAUGACUUUGAGCAGACAGGUGAGGAGGAGAAGGAGGAGAGAGAUUCAACCAAACCUGUGAAAAAGACAGAGGAAACGAAAGAAGAAAAGUCAGAUGGAGGUGACACCAAGGAGAAGAUGAUGGAGCAGCCACGAAUUGAAGACAGAGGGAGGGAUGAUGAAGAAGAGAGAGCCAAAGAGCUGGAGGAGCUGCUGGCUAAAGAGAUCACAAAGAAAGGGAAUGAGGAAAGGAAUGAUGAAGAGCUCAAAGAACUGCUGAAAGAGUUGAAAAAGAAACGAUCUGAGACAGUGAAGGAGCGGGGGAGCCAGAAAGGCUCUGGAGAAGAACAGAAGGAGGAGGUGGAGGGCAAGAAGGAAAAAGAGGACAAAGAGAAUGAAAGCGAAACAGCAGAUGACUUGGAGAGGAGGAAGAAUGAGGUGGAGCUGAUAGUGGAGAAGGAGAAGGUGGAGAAGGAGCUAAAAGAGCUGCUAAAGGAGCAGGACAGCAAGAGCAAGCCAGAGCAGGAGAGGAAGAGGAAAGAGAAGCAGGAGGAGUUGGACGAACUUGUGAGGAAGAUGAAGCGGGUGCGGGAGAUGGAGCAGGAGACACCGGGUGGGAAGAAAAAGGAGGGAACAGAUGAACAAACAGCAGAGGAGAAAAGUGAGAAGAAGGAGGGUAAAGGAGAAAAGGAUCCCGAUGAGAAAGCAGAGAAUGAAGUCAAGACCGUGGCAGAAGUGAAGGAGCCACAACAGAAGAGAGUGAUGGAGAAAGCAAGCGAUGAGGCCACGCGGCAGUUUGAACGGGAAAGGUACAAGGAUGAGGACCAGUACAUCAGAGAGGAUGAGGAGGGGCAAGAUGAAGAUGAGGACGGUGAUGCUGAAGAAGAUGAAGGGGAGGAGCUGCUGGAGAUUGAAGCAGAGUUGCGCAAAGUUGCUGCAGAGCUGAGGGAGCUUCGCAGAGGAUAAGACAUACAUACACAGUAUAAACGCACACACACACACACUGAGAAAACCCUGUCGCAUUCACAGUUGCACAUUAAGCUCACACACUUUCCAUUUAACAACCUUCAAGUCCCCACAGCACUCAGAGAAAUAUCUUCAUAUGUGAAUCUGUGCAGUGAUAGUAGUAGAAACUGUACAUACUGUUGUUUCAUUCCUGUUUUAGAUCACUUGGAAAAAGGCUGUCAGUGUUCACUCAAUGUUCAUUUGAACAUUGAGGAAAAAGAGACAGGUUUUUUAGAGAAUCUGAAAGCUUGUUGCGUCCAUCAGUCGUGUCCUUGUGUCAGUACCUGUAAAUAUGCUUUGAAAGGUAGACAUGAUUUCACUUCACUUGUAAGUCACUGUGAAUGCAACACAUUCAACACUCCCAUUCAAAUGCUAAUUUUGAUUGCAGACUGCCAAUCACAGACCACCAUCUUUGAAAUCUGAGUCAUGAAUACUGGCAAUCAGUGCUUCUUUUCACUGAAGUAUCACCCCUGAUGGUGUGUUCUUGGUGUGAAAAAACGGAUUCCCUACUACAAAUAAUGUUAUUUCAAAUGUAUAUUUUCUGCAAUAACUUCUAACUUAGAUGUAUGCUGUUCUGACUGUUAAAGAUAUGUAUUAUUGAGAUUUAUACAAAGGAGUAAGUCAUUAUUUCCUCAAUGUUUCUAUAAUGAUAAAAAAAGAAACAAGGAUUGUGUUUAAUUUGGCUCAUGUACUGUUAAAACCAGACUGUUUGAAACGGGGUGACACCAACAAAACACUGAGUAAGUAAGAUUGUACUUAUGCAUGCUGGAAGGGUAUGCCAGAUGUUGAGUUUGUCUUGAUGGUGUGUGGCGACAGGACGUGAUGUACUUACAGCUUACAAGGUCUAAAAGUGUCACUUCAGGUUCUCAGCCAGCUUUGCACUCUUAUCUUAACAAGCCAAGGAGGAGUCGAGGGCAGAGGGAGACACUAAAGCCAUUCUGUUGUCUUUUGGUAACAGCAACACUCACAAUAACACUGAUGAAUGUUCAGUAGCAUUACAUCACAAUUUUCAUGGCUGUCAUGUCAUUUGUGUAUAUAUCAGAUAUAGUCUGCAAGCCAAGGUCAUAGGAAAUAUGAAGCAACACCGCCCCCAAGAGGACAUUUGGUAGAAAUGCACAUGGACUCACAGGGUUACCAGUGGAGGCCCACUUAACUGCAAUAACACAAUACAGACUGCAGCACAUGUGAAUGCAAUAACUAUCCAAAUAAUUAAUAAUUUAUUGUAUUUUAAUAUAUAAUCAAAGUGCAUCAUAUAUAACUGAUACGGCAAGUAUAAUCUCUCUUUUUUCUACACAGCCAAGACAAGACACAAACAUACACAUACACAUAAUCAGUCACCACUGCAUCUAUUUCAAAGAAGAGAUGUUGGUUCACUUGAGAAGAAGUGAAAAAUGAAUGUACUGUUGUUUUUUUCUAGAAAAGUGCAAAAUGUUUCCAUAAAAUGUAUCUUAAUAACCAGCAAGAAAGAGGUACAGUAGGAAGUGUCUGUGAAGGGAGGGGGCAGAGGGUGACAUACUGGGCACAGAGGACAUUUCAAAUAGGAAAAAAAUGAUAAAAAACACUAUUUGGAAUACUGGCCAAGCAGAAUGCUGUAUUUUGUGCCUGUUGUAUCUUCUAUGCUACCUGUCAAUCAAUAAACAGAAAGUU